CACACACAGACACACACACACACACAGACACACACAGACACACGCCCACUCCUCCCCUGCUCGAAGCUCCGCUAUCUUUAGCACCGCCGCGGAUUACAGUGCGCAGAGACGGCGCUCCGGUGCGACCUGUUCGGCUCUUAUCCGUGUGUGUGUGUGUGUGUGUCUGUGUGCGCGCGCGCGAGUGUGUGUAGAUCUUCGUCUUACAGAAGCGCUCUCGCGCCGCACGACAAGACAAAAUCAAGACUACGCAAAAACAAAAACAACCCCCCCCCCCCCAAAAAAGCGAUGGGGGAAUGACAACAGCCUCCGUCGCCGUCUCCAGAAGACCCCCAGGGAUGCUGCCGCUCUCCAGCGCGCGGAGCGGACGCGUGCGCCUGGAACACCGGGCCUCGCUGCUGCCGCUCGCCGCGGUCCUGCUGUGCGUCGUCUCCGUCAGUGCUGCCCUUCCAGCUGGCAAUAAAUGCCCCCACCACAUCGUCUGUGCCAAAGAGGGACGCCACUUCUGCAAGCCGGGCUCGUCCCGCUGUGGCCCCUGCCUCUCCCCGUUGCAGGAGAGCGACGAGGGUCGCUGUGUGGCGAGGAGUAGGCCCCAUCAGCAUGUGACUUUCUACCCGGACCUGGACGAAGAGAUCGAUUUCCUUCAGGCUGUCAUCGAGAAACAGGAAAUAUCGGAGUUCAAACCUCCGCAAAAGCAAUCCAAACAUCCUGCUGCCGUCACCCACCCGACAGAUGUGAAGAAGAGCAGGGCAGAUGCCGCCAAACAAGGACGGAAAAGCCAGGCUCAUCCCUCGUCUGAAAAGAGUCACGCCGCCGCCACAACCCCCGGCCCCGCGCUCGCUGACACGCCGACCCCACAGCCCAGGAGCACUGAAGGUGUGGUCCGGGCUGGUCCUCUGCCGGUCCCAGCACCGAAGAACGACAAGAUUCUUGUCAUUCUGAUCUCGGUGUGUGUCACGGUGGGCACUCUUGCAUUGAUCCUGGCAACCGUCUGUUUCGUCAAGAUGCAGAAAAAAUCGCAUCUGGCGCAGAAGGUCGACUACCCUGCUUUCGCUGGGGCGAGCAUGCCUGCUGCCACGGCCGAAGGUACCUCGGUGGGAGAUCAGACCCUGGCCCAAAAUGCCCAAAUGUUUCACUACCAACAUCAGAAACAGCAGAUGCUUUCGCUGGGAAGUCACAAACCUGAACCAAAAGUCCUCGACAAUGAGGUCACAUCAGACGAGGAGGAAGUGGGAGGAGACUUCACAGUAUACGAGUGCCCAGGACUUGCACCAACUGGAGAGAUGGAAGUGAAGAACCCGCUGUUUGAUGACUCAUCUACGCAUUAUCAGGGGAAUCAAAUGUGAAUGCUGAACACCUUGCACACACACACACACACACACACACACACACAUAUACAGACACACACACAUGUGCAGGCAUAUAAGCCAUUUCUCUAAAAGACACCACUUGAUUGAGAGGAUGCCGAGUUUUUAAAAUUAUUUUUCUUGUAGGCCUUUUACUGUAUCUGCCCCUGCUCAGCUUUUAAUACUACAAAUGUAUGUUGGGUUCCUUUUUAAUUUAUUUCUGAGACACUGUUCCCUGUCUUUUAACGUAAGCUUUUCAGAGUCCCCCAGCCCCAUGUUUGUCCUCAUGUGUGUUUUGUCGUGUUCAGCGUGUUAAAAAUCAAACUAUAGAUUUUCUCCUCCCGUACCUUUUAUCAUUUUUCUUCAUUUCUGCAGCUUUUUCCAAAGAAUUUGAUACAAUAGCAAACAUAUAGAUAGCACACAGAAACACACACGUAUACAUAGUCUAAGUUGAAAAAACAGGUGCCCGCCCUUGCUGUUUGUCAUGCAUAGCUAGCGGCAAAUCCACAUACCGUACCAGAUACCCAGGGGAUACUUAAAAACAGAUCUCUGAGAUACUUCUGUAAAAACUCUCCCUGACUCACCACAAGGUUUAGCGAUGCUAAUUGUGUGUCCUGUCAUAUAAGGUGCACAUAAGUACUUGAUUAUGUCUGUUUGCAUGGUUAUGACUGUACCGUGUUGGCAGAGCUACGACGAGUUCCUCUGCCUCCCGUGUGUAUGCAUCCCGUCGAUGGAGGAGGAAUGUACAGUAAAAGUGACUUCUUAGCACUUGAAUGAAAACUUUUUGCAGACAAACUAUACUGAUGGAUGUGUAGGUGGUAAAUAAAUAAGACUCUCUUGUAUUUGUCCCUGUUUCCUCCUCGUCAGUACCAAGUUGGCCCCGUGCUGCAAAAUGUACAUACAAGGAGUGAAAGUGAGUUCACCUUUUCUAGACAUUUGUACAUGCAGACCAAGGAAUUAAAACUUUUUACCACAUGUAAAAGAACUUUUGGCAAGACUUUUGUUUUGCCUUUUCUUUUUGUCUUUUUUCAUGGAAUGCAUUGAACUAUUUUGUGGACAUUUAGUUCUGUUGAAAUGAGAGGAAAUAAAGACACAACAUAACACGGCUUGAAAAACA